GUCUUCCCCUCUGCUUUCGUCUCUGGCGCACUCUGUCUCCCCUGUCUCCAGUCUCCAUUACGGAAAAAAGUCGACACCCGGACGGAAAAGGGUGGCGCGGGCCGCGGGGGAGGGAAAACUCACGCAAGAUCCCGCCUUUUCCGUCGGGUCUGACGGCCCCGCUCCCCCACCGGGAAGGCCAGGCGCCCGCACAGGCCGUAGCGGCGGUUGCCGAAGCCUACCUAUAUCUCGCCACGCGCCUGCGUUGUCAAGGGCUACUCCGCGCAGUGCCCCUCCCAUGGAACAGCGGGAGGCGACGCAGCCAGAGGAGGCGGCGGAGGCGCGUGGCCGGGAGCAGCCCUCCUCCAUUCUUCCCAAGGAAAACGAGGAUAAGGAUCUGAAGCUAUCCUCUCGUGUGGUUUCUUUAUUUUUUGGUGGUGACAUAUCCACACCGGCACAAACAUUCGAGAAAUGGCUGUCUCUAGUACGUAAGAGGAGUGGGGCAUUCCGGCCAUCAGGGUUCCCACAUCGGGGUUCAAGGAUCGAAGUCAUGCCAAGUGGAAGUUUCUCACUAUUUGGUAGCGGGGACUUAAGUGAGCAUUUGGUUAGAGAAGAAUCAGUAGGGAAAGAUCCAUUGACUUGCGAUCAACCUCCUGAAAUAAGCUUGUGGGAGAGACUUGGAAAUGCUUCUACACUAGACAUUGAAUCAUCUGAAUUUUCUUGGGACGUCUUGUCAUCUCUGCAUCAUACAGAACAUAGUAGUGGUUCGGAACACUCUGAAGAUGAAAUGAACAAAGCUCUCGAGGUGACUGUGAACUCUGGUGGUGUGGUGUUUUUUGCACUAUUUAGUUCUUCAAGUAACAGUGAAUUACCUGAAGAAGCAGCAGCUGUUAUAAAGUUCUCAUCAUCAAAGAUGGCAACACAGGCAGAACGUUUGGGUUAUGAAUUUGCAAGAUUGCUUGGAGUGCAGACACCACAAGCUAGAGUAGUAUACAAUUCUAGCCCAGAGUGGCAGGGGAUUAAGCAUGCUGCAGAAAACGCACGAGCAGUAGCUGUUUCAAACAAUGAUGAGGUGGGUGAGAUGACUUGCUCAGAGUUGAUGGAAGCCCUUGAGCUAAGCCGCUGCCUUAUUCUGAUGAGUUAUAUUCAUGGCUCCCCGCUACUUGAGAGUUCAAAGGCAUUCAAUUUGCGAGAAGCUGCUUGUGUUACUGCUUCAUCCCUGGGAAGGGUUUUGAUGCUUGAUCUGAUACUCCGGAACGAGGACAGACUCCCAUGUCGUCAGCUUGGUUGGCGCGGUAAUCCUGCAAAUCUGAUGAUUUCAGAUAAAUCAUCGUCACCCAAUGUGGAUAGGUUGCAAGAUUCCAUUAGCACCACAGAAAGCUCCAAUCGACUGAUUAGAGAAAUUUUGCUUAGAGAGAAGCGGUCUCACUCUACAAAUGGAAGGUUGGAUUCUGUGGAAUUGAAUCCCAUGUCACAAAAAUUAGAAGCAUUGAAGAAUGAAAGAGAAAAUACUGAAAGUACAAAUGACACUUUUCACAUUGUAGCUAUUGACACUGGUGUGCCCCGUCGCCCCCCUGCAGGGCGACGUAUGAAAGAUCACGAGAGGUAUCCCAAAGUUGUGGAGCUCAUUUUGAAUUGCUCAGACUAUUCCGCAAAUAUCCUGUAUGAGAUUUCUGGUGGUAAGCUUGGGCAUCCAGGGCCUGAUGAGUUUACUUGCACUGAUUCUUGCGUAUCCCUUUCUGAUGAAGACAACGCUGUUGCGAUUCAUGAAUUCCGAGGAUCAUUUCGUGCAGCUCUAAGGGAUCUGGAGGGGUUCCACCUAUUUCUUCUCCAGCUUUACCAAAAACUGGAUGGCCUUUUGCGAGUUUUUUUGUCCAUAAUUACUAAGAGCUCUGAAGAACCUGACAAUAAUGAUUGUGUACUAUCGGAUUUUCCUUCACCUGGAGCAAGCUAUAGUACUCCUUGUAAGCAACUGAACAAUGAACUGCAUAGUGAUUCGGAAAUGCUGAAAUCCACAACAAAGUCCUCUUCUGCGGGAUCCCGUGGAAGCUCAGAUUCAGUUUCUCCCCUAUCCAGGGAUAGUUGGAGCAACAAAUUCUUCAAGGGGAGUGCAGAGGCUCCCCGGAAUUUAAGGAUGACAAUGAAACUUCGUGAUUUUUACAAGAACCCAAAGGUUGAUCCUGAAUUGCUCAAAGAGAUUGAGCAGUGGAAUGAAGCACUGAAGACCGAUGUGAUCAAAUUUUGUCAGGAGAAUAAUUUUCAUUCUGGCUUCUUUGAUGGAACUGAAAACAACAUGGUAGCUGAUGCCUAUGAAUUGAAGGUGCGUCUUGAACACAUCAUAGAAAGGAUAGCCUUGAUCUCCGAUGCUGCCAAUACAGAGCGACCUUCUCUUGUUGUCAACAACUUGUUCAUAGGUGGGGCUCUGGCAGCAAGGUCUAAAUACACCCUUCAGCAUUUGGGCAUUACCCAUGUACUAUGUUUGUGUUCGAAUGAGAUUGGUCAAUCCGAUUCCCAAUUUCCUGAUCUUUUUGAAUACAAGAACUUUUCAAUUAGGGAUGAUGAUGAUGCAAACAUCAGUGAUCUUUUUGAGGAGGCAUCAGAUUUUAUUGAUCAUGUAAAUCAUAUCGGAGGUAAGGUUCUGGUUCAUUGCUUUGAGGGCAAAAGUCGGAGCGCCACAGUUGUCCUUGCCUUCCUGAUGCUUAGAAUGGGCUUCACUCUCGCUAAAGCCUGGAACUUACUGAAGAAGGUUCAUCGCCGAGCGCAACCGAACGACGGUUUCGCCAAGGCUCUCCUAGCCCUAGACAAGAAGCUUCACGGCAAGGUGUCUAUGGACUGGCAGCACAAGAGGCCUGAAAUGAAGGUGUGCCCGAUCUGCAGCAAGAACGUCGGGCUGAGCACGAGCUCGCUCAAGCUGCACCUGCAGAAGGCGCACAAGCGGCUCUCCGCAGGCAGUGUCGACAGCGCCAUGACCAUGGAGAUCCAGAAGUCGAUCGAGUCGCUCCGGAUCAGCCGCGGCGGGAGCCUGAGCCCGUCUCAGAAGCUGACCAAGGCGUUCGCCAAUGAGCUGAGCUUCUGAUAUGUUCCCUUGUAUUGUACCCGAGGGAGUGUACUUGAUUCACAUUGUUGUAACUUGUAACAUCACCAUGCAGACUGAACUUUAGGGUCUGUCAGAGUGUAGGUUUAGUUCACACGCAUAUAUGAUUAGCACACGUAUGUUCAGGUUCAGGUAUAUGAAGAGCGCAACGCCAAAGAAUAGAAUAAACAGUGUAUUCUACAAUACCAAGACACCAGAAAUAACAAGGCGAGGCAAGGCAAGCAUCGGUUUCAGU